UCAUAUCCACGAAAAGGUUUUUGAAUUACAAGUACGUAAACGAUAUAAUAAUAAUAAUAUAAAUCAUCUGCUUCAUUAACAGAAGUCUGGAACGUUAUGAAUGAAAGUACCUAUAAUUGUCAUCACCUAGCAACCGUUCAGACAGCCUGUACCAAGCUUCAAUAACUUCCAAUGUCCCUGCAUCACCGUCGACAACUUGGCUUCUGAUUUCAUGGAUGUGGUAUUUGACAGUGUAUACCACAGCCUCAGUGACAAUGCCGCCAUCAAUUCCAGUGGCUCCGUUUCUCCCAACUCCAGUGCUACGGAGCAACUGAAACAGAAGUUUCUUGAGGAUUCCAGCAUGAAAAACGAGUGUUCUAACUUUGACGAUCUGUGUGUCUACGAGUCCAUCAUGGAUAGUUGUACAAAACCCUGUGACAUUUUAGAGGCAAGGGACGUGUUGUCUGCUGUCAUUGUGUCGUCUGCUGUCAAGUUUAAACCCACCAAACACCAGUGUCCUGUGUGCGGGAAGACCUACAGAGGAAACACCAACUUGAACUAUCACAUGGUUACCCAAACCGGCAUCCGGCCUCACAAAUGUUCCAUCUGUGGCAAGGCCUUUACCCAGAAGUCCACUCUGCGCACACACUUCCAAAUUCACACAGGCGAGAAACCUUACAAGUGCAGGACCUGUACCGUGCAUUUGCGGACUACUCCACCUGCAUGAAGCAUGAGCGGACCCACAGUGGGGAGAAGCCAUACUCAUGCCCAGAGUGUGGAAAAUGUUUUGCCCAAUCCGGAAAUAUGCUCCGACAUCGGCAGACACACAGGAAAAACUGAAAUUCCACAAAAAGUGCUUAUAUAUUAUAGAAUACAUUUAAAAAAAGUGCCAAUAUUUACAUUCUGAAUCACUUGUGUUGUUUUUUAUAGAGUUUGUUAUUACUGCAUUAAAUCGGUAUUGUUCAUUAUUUCAAUGUAUAUGUAUUGCAUUAUGUUUCAUGUAUUUUAACAUGUGGAAUGUUCAUGUAAAUGUAUAUAGUACAUGUACUGUACUGUUAUGUAUUUUGUAAAAAAAAAACCAUCAUUUCAACAUUUUCAUU